AGUCAAAUGACUUAUCAAACAGCCGCCAGUAUGUUACUGUUAACCGUCUUUUACUGGCUUACUGGAUUCUUUGGUUACGUGGAGUUUGGCCCAGAAGUCGGAUCUUCUGUUCUUAAGAUGUAUCGUCCUUUACAUGAUGUCGCAAUGGCUAUUGCCUACGUUGGUGUUGUUAUUAAACUGUGCGUGGCCUUUUCCCUGCAUAUUCUUCCCUGUCGUGAUUCUCUCCAUCAUCUUCUUGGAUGGUCUUUGGAUACGGUGGCGUGGUGGAAGAAUGCCCUUCUCUGUGCCUUUUUCAGCUGUAUUGCCCUCGUUGCCGGUUUAUUUAUUCCCGACGUGAGUGUUGUCUUUGGACUUCUCGGCUCCUUCAGUGGUUCUUUCAUCGGCUUUGUCUUCCCCGCCCUCUUCUACAUGUACGCUGGGGAUUUCAACAUCAAGUCCGUAGGCAUUUUGAUGUAUCUCUCCACCUACGCCCUUCUUUUCGCUGGGGUGGUGGUCAUCUGCUUUGGUACCACCUCUACCAUCUACGGUAUGAUUUAA